AUUUUAGGAGUCAAUGACAUUCACAGAUGUGGCCGUGGAUAUCACCCAAGAGGACUGGGAACUGAUGCGCCCCGUUCAGAAGGAACUGUAUAAGACUGUGACUUUACAGAACUAUUGGAACAUGGUUUCUCUAGGACUGACCGUCUACAGGCCAACUGUGAUUCCCAUCUUAGAAGAGCCAUGGAUGGUGAUAAAAGAAAUUGUAGAAGGCCCUAGCCCAGAAUGGGAAACGAAAGCUCAAGCACAUAUCCCAUUAAAGGAUCUUCCUAAACUCAAACAGAAUGGAACCCAAACCAUCAAAAUGGAAGAAACCUAUGACUAUGAUGACAGAUUAGAGAGGCAGCCAGUGUAUGCCUUCAGGAAGAUGCACAUGGAUGAAAGAGACUUCAAUUUGAAGUCAGAGAUUUCACAAGAAGACCCAACAGAAGAAUAUCUUAGUAAAUAUGAUAUAUAUGGAAAUGACUUUGAAAAGCACACAAACCUAAUUGUACAUUUUGAUACCCAGUCAGAUAAUAAAACUUCUCUGUAUAAUGAAAGCAAGCCAACUUUCAGUAAUGUCUCAUCUGGUAUUGUACAUGGGAAAAUACUUCCUGGAGAUAAGCCUUAUUCGUGUAAUGUCUGUGGGAAAAAAUUUAGAAAAUACCCAUCACUCCUGGCACACCGAAAUAGCCAUGCCAAAGAGAAAUCUUAUGAAUGUGAAGAAUGUGGGAAAGAGUUUAAGCAUAUCUCAUCCCUCAUUGCACACCAGAGAAUGCAUACUGGAGAAAAACCAUAUGAAUGUCACCAGUGUGGCAAAGCCUUCAGCCAGCGUGCACACCUUACUAUACAUCAGAGAAUUCAUACUGGAGAAAAACCCUACAAGUGUGAUGAUUGUGGAAAAGACUUUAGUCAGCGUGCACAUCUUACUAUACAUCAAAGGACACAUACUGGUGAGAAACCUUAUAAAUGUUUGGAAUGCAGUAAAACCUUUAGCCAUAGUUCAUCAUUGAUUAAUCAUCAGAGAGUUCAUACUGGAGAAAAACCUUAUAUAUGCAAUGAAUGUGGGAAGACUUUCAGUCAGAGCACACACCUUCUCCAACAUCAAAAGAUUCAUACUGGGAAAAAACCAUAUAAGUGCAAUGAGUGUUGGAAGGUGUUUAGUCAGAGCACUUAUCUUAUUCGACAUCAGAGAAUUCAUUCUGGAGAGAAGUGCUAUAAAUGCAAUGAAUGUGGAAAGGCCUUUGCUCAUUCCUCAACUCUUAUACAACACCAAACUACCCACACUGGAGAGAAAGCCUAUAUAUGUAAUGUGUGUGGGAAAGCCUUCAGCCAGAGCGCAAACCUUACUCAGCAUCAUAGAACACAUACUGGAGAGAAACCGUAUAAAUGUAAUGUGUGUGGGAAAGCCUUCAGCCAGAGUGUGCACCUUACUCAACACCAGAGGAUUCACAAUGGAGAAAAGCCCUUUAAAUGUAAUGUGUGUGGGAAAGCAUAUAGACAAGGUGCAAAUCUUACUCAACAUCAAAGGAUUCAUACUGGAGAAAAACCCUAUAAAUGUAAUCAAUGUGGAAAAGCUUUUAUUUAUUCUUCAUCCCUUAAUCAACAUCGAAGAACUCACACUGGAGAGAGACCCUAUAAAUGUAAUCACUGUAACAAAGAUUUUAGCCAGAGAACAUGCCUUAUUCAGCACCAGAGAAUUCACACAGGAGAGAAACCCUAUGCAUGCCGUAUAUGUGGGAAAAGUUUCACCCAGAGUACCAAUCUUAUUCAACAUCAGCGUGUGCAUACAGGUGUCAGACACCGCAACAGGUGCCAGACACCACAGUUAUUUGACAUGACUUUGUUUAAGCUUUCAAACUUGAUUGCUUAAAUUUCA